UAAUAAAAAAAUAAAUUCUCUCUCUCUCUCUAUUCGUGGUCACUGAAACUAACCACCACCGAAGAGUCUUCAUCGAUGCUCUUAAAGGCAUCUAAAGAUAUUAGCAAAACUGAGUGCAUUGUUAGCUUAUCUUGUCACUGAGAACCAUUCACGGUAGUGUGAGCUUGGGAUCAGGUUCACUUACUUAGCAAGGGUGGUGGUGGUGUUUUGAGUUUUUGGUUGUUGACAUCAUGGGGAAGCCUGCAAGAUGGUUAAAGAGUGUACUACUUGGAAAGAAACCAUCUAAAUCUAGUGCUUCUAAAGACAAGGAGAGAGGCGUGAAUGGAAAAGAGGUAGUGGUGAUAUCAAAGAUUGAAGAAUCCGAUGUGGUUUCAGAACUUCCAUCCUUUGGAAAUGCAACAGUUCAUACCAGUAAUGUGGUAGAGACGCAGCAGCCUAUAGAACAUGAAGCGGUUUCAGAUGAUGAGAUACAACUUCCUGAUCCUGAGGUCCAAGUCCAACCAACAGAAACAGAUUCUCCAAAUGCUGCUGCUUCUGUUCCUGAUGAUUCGUUGUCCGAAUCAGAUAAAAUCCUGCAAGAGAUUGCAGCAACGACUGUCCAGGCUGCCUUUAGAGGCUACUUGGCUCGGCGUGCUUUCUGGGCAUUAAAAGGUAUAAUAAGACUGCAGGCACUUAUCCGCGGUCACAUGGUUAGGAGGCAAGCUGUUGCGACUCUGUGCUGUGUUAUGGGAAUUGUCAGAUUACAAGCACUUGCUAGAGGAAGAGAGAUCAGACAUUCUGACAUUGGAGUUGAAGUUCAGAGGAAAUGCCGGUUGAAUCAUCAGCAUUUGGAGAAUAAACUCCAUGAAGACUCUGAUGUUGAUACACAUACUUACCUAGGAAUCAAGAAGCUAACUGCAAAUGCGUUUGCUCAGAAGCUUCUAGCUUCAUCUCCAAACGUGAUGCCUGUGCACUUGGAAAAUGAUUCGUCCAACACAAUCUGGUUAGAGAACUGGUCAGCCUCUUGCUUCUGGAAACCAAUUCCUCAACCUAAGAAAACAUCAGUCAAGAAAACUCAGAAGAAGUUUGCCGGUAACUCUCAGAUAGUCGUCGAGGGAGAUUAUGGUAAACCAAAGAAGAGUGUUCGCAAGGUUCUCGACAAUCCCUCUGAUGCACAGACAUCAUUCGAGUCCGAGAAACCGAAACGCACCAGCUUCCGCAAGUUUUCUACAAGCCAGUCUUUAGAACUACCACCAGGAGCAGCGGAGAGUCCUCAAGUUGAUCUAGAGAAAGUGAAACGUGGGUUGAGGAAAGUGCAUAAUCCUGUAGUUGAGAACUCUAUCCAGCCACAAGGAGUUACGCAGAAUGACAUUGAGAAGCCAGCUCCUGCUUUAGAAGAACCUGUGAAAAAUGCCUUUGAUGAAGAGAAAACAGAUGAAAUCGCUGAGACUGUGGUGGAACAGCCUGAGGAGUUAAAACACAUUCAUGGAGAAACAGUUGACUCUACAUUGGUCAGCCAAAUCGAAGAGAGCGAAGAUAAUGUAAUACCUGAGGAGAAGGAGGAUGUGAAAGAAGAGACAACUCCAAAACAAAACAAUAAGGAGAACUCAGCUAGGAAGGAGAAUAAAAAAUCAGGGAAGAAGGAUUCUCCGGUUACUACUACUCAAACCACAGAGUGUCAAGAGAGUAGUAAUGUGAAUCAGAACAGUAGCCCGGGGUUACCAAGCUAUAUGCAAGCGACUAAAUCCGCAAAAGCGAAGCUGAGGCUACAAGGCUCUUCCACCCCUAAGCAACAAGUGACUGAGAAAGCUACUAGACGUUACUCGCUACCAUCAUCAGGUAAUAACGCAAGAGUCACUUCUGAUUCUCCUAAAACAACGAGAGUCUCAAACUCUGGUGGCAAAACCGGGAAGAAGACCGAGAAGCCUCUUCUUAACGGGAAGACAACUCCUGUAGAGUGGAAAAGAUGAUUGAAUGAUCAUGUGGUGGAAGCAAAGAAGGCCAUUGAUGAUCAUCACUCUACAAUAUUUCACCAUCUAUCUCUUUAUAGUUAGUGUUUGUGGGUUGUGUUGAGAAUGUACAUCAUAUGUUUGCUUUUGUGGGAAUUUUAUUUUCUGUUUUCAUCAUACAUUAUUUUAACUACAAAAUUUAGGUGUUUAUGAUAUGUAUUGUUCUUCAA